AUGCAGACCCCGGCUCAGCCGGCAGCCGCCCCGGUGAGUGAAGGGGGAGCCUCACCUAGUGGUUGAAGCGGGCCGGGAGGGGUGGGUGGAGGUGCCCCGGGACUCGUUGGUGCUGCUAUGGGGGGGCGGUUGCCGCUUUCCGAGAGCGUCUGGGCAUGUGCAGAGUGCCUGAUCUCUCCUAGUGUGCAACUGCGCGCAAAACGCUCCCUGGCGCAGCUGGUGAGAAGGAUUUUUUUUUUUUUUUGGAUGGUGGGGUCGCUUAUGGCUACUGCUCCCAAAAUCUCUCCACCUGACGGCCUUAAAGGAACCCCAAAGCCUAUUUUUUGCCCAGAUUUUGCUCCCUCCUAAGCCAAGAUUGGAUGGUCUUCGGGGCAGAGACCUCCUACCUCAGAGCCCAGAAUGGAGAUGAGCCCCAGCAGCGCCCAAUUUCUCUCUUAAGUCAAGAUUCUUCCAGCUUGGGGCAGGGAACCCAAGUCGCUGGACGGUCCAGACAUCGUCUCCAGAGUCUCCCCCUUUCCAAAGAAGGAGAUUCCAGCUAAACAUUAGGGAGAAAUUUCUGGCUGUUAAGAUGGUCUCUUCUUCACUGGAGCUUUUAAAGCAGAGGUUGGGUAGCCAUCUGUCAGGGAUUUUUUAAGCUGUGAUUUCUACGUUGCAGGGGCUGGAAUAGAUGAACCGUGGGUGUCCCUUGUAAGCUCUACAGCCCUGUGGUUCUUUUCCUUCCCGCUGAUUUUCUCACCUGUCCACACUACCUGUUUAAGCCCAGCUCCACCUUUCGUUAUGCCCGGCUCUGAUCUGAACCGUAAAAGCUCCUCAUGUGGCACACCCAGCCUGUAAUUGAGGAUCUGUUAGGAGAAUCACGCAGAACUGUGUCAGAGGAGAGACAGGGCGUCGCUCCCUCAGUUUCAUCCAACUUCCUGCUACUGCACCUUUCUGCUAUCCCACCUGUGUUAUGCGAGAGGGGGUGGCACGACAGAUGCCCGACAUGGAAGUUGUUGCAUCUGGUCUGACUCCGGCGUACUGUGAAGGGAGCCCUGCCUCUCUCAAGAAUGCCAACUUGUCUCCCUUUAUUUAUUUAUUUUUAAUUAAAAUGUUGCUAAGUUGGUUUCCUGGGCAAACAUCUAUCCAAAGCAGCCAGCAAGCAAAACAACAGAAAGAGAUGGGAAGAAACAGUUUGAUGCAACAUCAGCAAAAAACAACAACAAGGUAAUGCUAUUCUAGGCUGCAUCAACAGAAGUCUAGAAUCCAGAUCAAGGGAAAUCAUAGUCCCAUUCUGUUUGCCUUGGUCAAACAACAUCUGGAGUCUUGGGUCCAGUCCUGGGCGCCACAAUUUAAGGAGGAUGUUGACAAGCUGGAAUAUGUGCAGAGGAGGGCGACCAAGAAUGAUCUGGAAACCAAGCCUGAUGAGGAACGGUUGAAGGAGCUGGGUAUGUUUAGCCUGGAAAAGAGGAGACUGAGAGGAGAUAUGAGAGCCAUCUUUAGAUAUCACCCGGAAGAUGGUAGAGCAAGUUUGUUUUCUCCUGCUCUGGAGGGUAGGGCACGAAGCAAUGGAUUCAAGUUACAAGAAAGGAUCCUGACUAAAUAUCAGGAAGAACUUUCUGACAAAUAGCCCUGGCCCAAACCAUUGAGAGCAUUGUUGUUGUUGUUUAGUUGUGUCUGACUCUUCGUGACCCCUGGACCAGAGCACGCCAGGCACUCCUGUCUUCCACUGCCUCCCGCAGUUUGGUCAAACUCAUGCUGGUAACUUCGGGAACACUGUCCCACCAUCUCGUCCUCUGUCCUCCCCUUCUCCUUGUGCCCUCCAUCUUUCCCAACAUCAGGGUCUUUUCCAGGGAGUCUUCUCUUCUCAUGAGGUGGCCAAAGUACUGGAGCCUCAGCUUCAGGAUCUGUCCUUCCAGUGAGCACUCAGGGCUGAUUUCCUUAAGAAUGGAUAGGUUGGAUCUUCUUGCUGUCCAUGGGACUCUCAAGAGUCUCCUCCAGCACCAUAAUUCAAAAGCAUCCAUUCUUCGGCGAUCAGCCUUCUUUAUGGUCCAUUUCUCACUUCCAUACAUCACUACUGGGAAAACCAGAGCUUUAAUUGAGAGCUUACUCAAGUGCAAAUAGGAAGGAGAUCUGCCUUGUAGGUGUGGCACCAGAAACUGCACCAGUGGUUGUGAGAAGGAGCUGAUCACUUACUUGGUCAGGUGCAAAUAUCCUGGGUAGGUGGUGAAAACAGAUUGCUGCUUGUUUUUCUCUCCCAAAUUGAGGCCGAAACUUCAACCAAGGCAAGAGAUGGUUGUAGCAGAUCUUGCCAAAAAUGUUCUGCGACUCGUGAGCACAGAAUCCAAUCAAAUUAUGGUUGUUGUUGCAAUUUAGUACCUGCCCUUCACCUAAGGAGUGCAACGAUCCUAAUAUUAAGAUACAAUAUUAUUGUAAGAUACAAUACAAUAUUAUUACAACAUUUGCUGCUUUAUGUUACAUUAUUUAUUAUUAUUUUUUUAUAAUUAGAGAAAAGAAGGGACCCAUUCACAAGUGGGAAGUCAACUUAAUGGAAAAAUUGUAUUAAAUUUGAUGUGAUUUCGUAUUGAUUUGAUAGAAAUUUGGAAAACUAAUAAAAAAUAUUGGGCAAUAUUUUUAAAAACAGCUUAAAACAAAAUGACAGAGCUAAGGCCAGUCUUUAAAAUACACAUCUCAGAUGUCAACAGCUGGGGCCAAGGGGCGAGUUUUCCACCUUCGCCAAAACCUGAGUGAUGAGGAUGCCAGGUGAAGCGAGUGCCACAACUUAGGGGCUACCACAGAGAAGGCCCUCCUUUCCUAGGCUGGCACCCGCCCCCCUUUCCCAGCUUCAGGUGCUUUAAAUGGCCACCAGAUCCAAUAGUCUGGGUUGGUGUGUCUCCCUGGCCCCUGAAUCCUUCACUGUCCAUCUUUUUCUUGGUCGGCCUGAGCCAAGACAUUUCGCUCUGGCUUCUGUGACCAAAUGGGGUGCAGUGGUGCUGCCAAGGCAACCGAUUCUCUUGGGCAUUGCAGAGAGUUGAGGGUGGGCAGCUGGAAUUGAACGAAGUCUGCAUCAUUUUUCUGCCCUGGGAGUCGGGGGUGGGGGUGGAGCGGGGGUCCCCUGCCUCGCUGGGGUGCUUGCAUGCCUUCGCCGGAAGCCUGGGACUGAAGGGUUAACCAGGCAGCCUGUUGCUCUUUUGAGAGCGGCUCUGUUUCCUCUUCUGAAGUUUGGUAACUUGGACUCCGCAAGGGCUCUUUGAAAAUGGGACGUGUCAUCCUGCCUUUCCUUUCAGCAGCUCAGCUGGGCCCCUUUCCACAAAGGGGAGCAGAACGCCUUUCGUUUGGCGCAGCGAGGAAAACAGCGCACCACACCCCCAUUGCAUAGAAUCAUAGAAUCCUAGAAUCAUAGAGUUGGAAGAGACCACAAGGGCCAUCGAGUCCAACCCCCUGCCAAGCAGGAAACACCAUCAGAGCACUCCUGACAUAUGGUUGUCAAGCCUCUGCUUAAAGACCUCCAAAGAAGGAGACUCCACCACACUCCUUGGCAGCAAAUUCCACUGUCAAACAGCUCUUACUGUCAGGAAGUUCUUCCUAAUGUUGAGGUGGAAUCUUCUUUCUUGUAGUUUGGAUCCAUUGCUCCGUGUCCGCUUCUCUGGAGCAGCAGAAAACAACCUUUCUCCCUCCUCUAUGUGACAUCCUUUUAUAUAUUUGAACAUGGCUAUCAUAUCACCCCUUAACCUCCUCUUCUCCAGGCUAAACAUGCCCAGCUCCCUUAGCCGUUCCUCAUAAGGCAUCGUUUCCAGGCCUUUGACCAUUUUGGUUGCCCUCCUCUGGACACGUUCCAGUUUGUCAGUUCCAGUUUUAUUCAGUAAAAAGAGUGAGCGAGCGUUUGGCGAAUCUUCAAGGCUGUGAAACCAAUCUUCCCUUCAAAGGCUCCUCCGCCUGGCUGAAUCCAUAGGGAUUCAGGAAGUUCCAGGUGGCAGAGACCCCCACAGACCUCCACCCUACUUGCAGGCUUCAGUUGGGGGCAUCUGGUGAGCCACUGUGUGAACAGAAUGCCAGACUAGAUUCCUCCAUCGCAGCGGGAUGGACUAGAUGACCCCGGGACCCCUUCCGACUCUGCCCUUCUGUGAGUCUUUCUAGACAGGUCUUUAGCCAGGAUCCAGGCUCUUCCUAGGUGCACAUUCAGAAGGAUGCGCAGAGGCAGCUGGGAUGGUUCAACUCUGUGCCUGCAGUCGGAGGCAGCCAUAAUAAUAAUAAUAAUAAUAAUAAUAAUAAUUAUUUAUUUAUAUCCCGCCCUCCCCAGCCAAAGCCGGGCUCCAAGCGGCUAACAGCAGUAAAGGUAACGCAGUUUACAUAAAAUCACAAUCGAUUAAUUGAAAUACAUUCUAAAAUCAAUUCAUUCUUUUUUUUGUAAUAUUAAUUUUUAUUAAUUUUUAACAUAUCAGUUCCAACAGUCAUGCAACAUAACUUCUCAUCUUAUACAAUAUUUUUAGGCUUCCAUCAACGCCUCUGAUGACUUUCCGUUCUCUAUCCCUUAUUAUGCAUUUCUUAAUUUCUAUAUUACCUUUAAUUAUCCUUAACUAAUCAUUCUCCUCAUUAUCUUUCUUGCAGUAUUUCAAAUAAUUCACCUUACAAAACUUCUUGCAAUCCUACUAGCAUAAUCUGUUCAAUAAUCAAUUCAUUCUAAAACCGAUUCAGAAACAAAUUAAUGGGAACCGCUGAGCUAGAGUUCUAUGAGGAUUACAGAAGGAGAAAGGGAGUCAGACUGUGCUUUGGCCAAAGGUCUGCUUCUGAAUGCCGGUUGUUGGAAACCACAGGAGCGGAGAGCACUGGUCUUGUGUUCGAAUCCUGAUUGCUGGUUUCCCACGGUUUGGCCCCUGUGAGAACAGGAUGCCGGACUAGACGGACCACUGGCUUGAUCACGCAGCCGAGUUCUUCUGAGCUGCCACAACCAUUCAAGGGUUGAGCUUUAAACGGUGACGCAAGAGAUAAGAAGAGCCGAGCUUCUGGAUCAGGCCAGGGGCUCCUGCAGUCCACCAUCCUGUUCUUCCAGUGGCCAAGCAGAUGCCCCCAAGCGAGGUCCGAAAUCAGGACCGACAGGAGCACAGCAGCAGCGCUGCCCCGCCCCUCCUGGGACUCUCAGCUACAGAUACUUGCAGGUAUCGCUGCCUCUGACAGCAGAGCAUCUACGAAUGCACAGGACUAGCCUGUUGAGCCACUUACUGGAGCUUAUCCAGGUGACGGGGUCAUGGACAGACCCCUCGCUCCUCCUGCUUCUGUACACCAGCCAUAUGUCCUGUCUCCGACAGUGUCCGGGUCUCGGGCGUGCACACCCAGAUAUAAUAAUAAUAAUAAUAAUAAUAAUAAUAUAAUAUAAUAAUAAUUUUUUAUUUAUACCCCACCCAUCUGGCUGAGCUUCCGCAGCAACUCUGGGUGGCUCACAACUGAGUGUUAAAAACAACACAGCAUUAAAUAACAGGGCUGCCUUCAGAUGUCUUUUAAAAAUAGGAUAGCUGCUUAUUUCCUUGACAUCUGGUGGGAGGGCAUUCCACAGGGUGCCACCACCAAAAAGGCCCUCUGUCUGGUUCCCUGUAUCCUCACUUUUCGCAGUGAGGGAUCCGCCAGAAGGCCCUCAGUGCUGGACCUCAGUGUCCAGGCUGGACGAUGGGGGUGGAGACGCUCCUUCAGGACAAAGGUCGUUUAGGGCUUUCAAGGUCAUCACCAAAACUUUGAAUUGUGCUCGGAAAUGUACUGGGAGUCAAUGCAGAUCUCUCAGGAUAGAAGGCUUGCGGAUAGCUUCCUGAAGGCUGGAGAGCGAGAGGGGUUGGUGCACACCGACCCCUCUCGCUCUCCAGGCUUCAGCGAAAGCCUGCAUUCGCUCCAUAGGACGCACACACAUUUCCCCUUCAUUUUUGGAGGGGAAAAAGUGCGUUCUAUAGAGUGAAAAAUACGGUAACCGAGGUGUGGAAUUUUUGGAAAUUUAGCUUUUGGAAAUCUUCCCAGGGGGAAAAAAAUCUGGAUACCUUUUGGAAACCUUUGAAAUCAAUACAUUGCAAGGAAACCUGAUCAUAGUCUUGGUCUUUUCCCCAUUCCACAUAUAAGGGAGUUUUUGUUAAAUUCUCUUAAAAUAAUUACGUACUGAACACUCGGUGUUCUUUUUAAUUAUACAGUUUUAGAUUAGUUGAAGUAUAAGAAUGCAAGUUAAAUACAGUCAUACCUCGGGUUACAGAUGCUUCAGGUUGCGUUUUUUUGGGUUGCGGACCGCCAAAACCCGGAAGUACCGGAACGGGUUACUUCCGGGUUUCGGUGGUCGUGCAUGUGCAGAAGCGCUAAAUCACGCUUUGCACAUGUGCAGAAGUGCUGAAUCGCAACUCGCACGUGCGCAGAUGCGCCACUGCAGGUUGCGAACAUGCAUCCUGCACGGAUCACAUUCGCAACCCAAGCGUCCACUGUACUACGGCAAGAAAAAUGAAUGAAAUAUGUUUUAGUCAGACUGGAUUGGUGUCAUUUUAGUUGUUUUUUCAAAUGGCACAAAUUUUAAAAAUGUGAAUGCAUGUCAGUUUUGGAAAUGCGUACAUUUCCCCCCCAUCUUGCAUCACUAAAAUAUAUCGUUAUAUUAUGGGUGGAGGGUGGGGUGAUUCAGAGUUCUUCUCUGAGGGUGCAAAGCCACCCUUCUCUCGCUGCACCUGUGGAAUCCAGCAGCUCUCAAAACCCGCCAGGUUAUGAAACCUCGUUCCUGGGAACUGCUGUGGGCUUGUGGUCUUGAUCCAACCACAGGAGGAGCCAACAGGGUGCCCUCAGCAUGACCCGCCCAGCACUUCUGGGAAUCGCAGCGGGUGCAAAACAGGAAGCUAGCGAAACAGACCAGAGACAUUUGCUGGGCUCCCAGGGGCGGUUGCUCGACUGCUGCCUUCUUUCAGUAAUCUGUGGGGCUCUCCAGAUCUUUUGACUGGUCAGAGUUGGGUAUCCAAAACACUAUGAAUUCGGGUGUGAGCUGCAUUUUUUCUGCAUUUUAUGACGAAUGCUGAGCGAGAAACACUUCCCCCCCUUCUUUCGUAAACAAGAGAUGAGGCGCAAGCGUGGUGUCUGACAAAAGCAUAAUAAAAGUUAAUUCGGGAGCUAAACUAAAUUUGAAGGCGCUGGAUGGACCUUUGCACCCCGGCGGCACAUAUGCUAAAGACAGCCCUGCACCCUCCAUUCCAUGGUGUUAGAAUUCCCGCUCCGUGAUUGCAGUCAUGGGAUUGUUGUCUUUCACAUGACGGUGUAUGUUUUGACUCCACAGACUGGGAAGUGACGAAGACAGGAUGUUUGUGUUCCGUGAAGGGGGACUAUUGUCCUUUGUUCUUUUUCUCUUUGCUGUCUGAUGCUAGAGAGAGAGGGAGCCACGUUGCAGUACUCCAUGUGUGUUUAUAUGUAAAUAAAGUAGAUUAGCCAAAAUGCUGAAUUGCUGAGGUCUGUAACGCAAGCUGCAAAGACUCUGCGGAUCCCUAAGUGUGCCGAUGUCUGUUGGCAUCGGUUGCUGUGAUGUUCGGGCUGAAGAAAGCUUUUGAAGCUCCCGAACAAUCAACCAGGAGGGAGGAAACAUGCCAGUCAGGCAUGUGUCUCUACCAGGGUCCUACUCGAGCGUAGGCUGAACUCCUGACAACUUUUCCUCUUGUCAACUUUUUCAGCUGCGUACUAUUUCAUAAUCCAUGGACUCCAGGAAUUGUUGAGUGGGGAGGGAGCCUGAGGGCAUCUAGUCCAACCCACUGCAAUGCAGGAAUUUCAGCCAAAUCAUCCCUGACAGAUGGUCACCCAACCUCUGCUUAAAAGCCUCCGAGGAAGGAGAGUCCACAAUCUCCUGAGGGAGACUGUUCCACAGAGCUAAAAAGUUCAAAAUGCCGUAUUGGGUAUUGUUGUAUUUUUCCAAUUCCUUGCUACUAAAAAACCUAAUGGUAGAAUAUCUGCAGCUAGCGAAGGCGACAGGAAGGAUAAGAGGCCAACUGAAACAAAAAGUCUAUAAGGAGUGGAGAAUCUUUAAAGAAUACUUAAAAAAUGAUGGUACAAAAGGAAACAUCUUGGCAGAACUAGACUGAUCCUUGUAUUGCAUCAAUAUAAGUUAGUAGGGAGGUAAAAAGAGACUAUAUAAGAAAUAUGCAACUGUGCGGUAUAAGGUAAUUGAUAAAGUACAGUGAGAUUAAUUGGAAGUCAUUUUUAAUUUUUUUCUUUAUAAGUUUGAUAAUUGAUUUCAGUAUCGGGAUUAUAAGUGAUGUUAGUUAUACUAAUUUUGUUGUUUCGUAUGUUGUGGUUGUUUGUUUGAUUUCUCCAUUAUUUGUUUGUCUGAUUGUAUGCUUGUUUAUUUGUUUUAUUUGUCUGUUUUCCCAUAAAUGUAUUUAUUUUAAAUCAAUGAAGAUAUACUUUUUUUAAAAAAAAAGUCUGAAAUUAAAUGCUGCAGCCUUUUUUUGCAGCGCCUCCUUCCUGCCUCGAUUUCCGGUGACCCUCCUUCUUUCUCCUCCAGCCACCGGGAGGUGCCAUCCUGAUGAACGGGGCGCCCCUGGAGGCGGUCCCCCCGUCUCCUGCCAGUCCCGCCCAGAGCCAGCUCUCCUUCCAGAUCCAGCCGGUGACCCCGUCCCCUGAGCCCAGCCAGCCCCGGGGGACGUGGGGAGGGAAGUACGAGUUCCUCCUCUCCUGCGUCGGGUACUGCGUGGGGCUGGGCAACGUGUGGAGGUUCCCGUAUCUCUGCUAUCGCAAUGGAGGCGGUGAGUGGCUUGGAUGCUCUUGGCAAAGAGGCGCCUCAUGCUUCUAGUCCCCAGGGUGGCGACUGGAGAGCCUGAGGCAGAGGGUGGGGAGCUAGGUCCUUGCCUGAGCUCCAUGGUCAUUUAUUAUUUGCCGUAUUUUUCGCUCCAUAAGACGCACCUAGUUUUUAGAGGAGGAAAACAAGGAAAAAAUAUUCUGAACGAAACAGCGGAUGUAUGAUUUUUGUGGUUCAUGCUGUGGCGACAGACAUGUGAUUUGACGGUCAGUUUGGGGUAGCCCAAUGCAAAAAUCCUGAGAAUCCAUGUGGAUCCGUGCUUUGUAACCAUGUUUUUGCACCAUUGCGACCCCACGAAACAGUGGAUGCGUAAUUUUUUUGGUGCAGGCUGUAGCCAUGGACAUGCUAUGUGAUCUGAUGGUGAAUUUGGGGUGAUCCAAUGCAAAAAUCCUGAGGAUCCAUGGGCUUUUACCUCCCCCCUCCCAGGCAGCCUCCUUUAUCACGUCCCUUAUCUCCCUCCCAAUCGCUUGCUGAUCAGCUGUUUCCUUUCAACACUCCCUUUCCUCUUGUUUUCCUUAGUGUCUUUUCCUUAGCUGGAGCAGUUUUAGCUCCUCCUUUUCUUCUAAUUUCUCUCCUCAUUGCUUUAGUCUUCCUGUUUCCCCCCUUUGCAAGUUUGCUAUCUUUUCCUCCCCCCUCCCAGGCAGCCUCCUUUAUUGCUAUCAUCCCUUAUCUCACUCACGAGCGCAUGCCAAUCAGCGGCUUUGUUUCAACACCCACUUCCCUCUUUCAAAAAGAAAGCAUGAUCUGCUUUUCGCCCCUGGGCAAUUCGGCUCCAGGGACCACGCAUUCGCUCCAUAAGACGCACAGACAUUUCACCUUACUUUUUAGGAAGAAAAAAGUUCAUCUUAUGGAGCAAAAAAUACAGUAUGUAUGUAUGUAUGUAUGUAUGUAUGUAUGUAUUUAAUUUAUAUACCGCCCUAUACCCGGAUGUCUCAGGGCGGUUCACAUAAAAGGAUCACAGGAUAUAAAACAAAAAUAAAAGCAAUAACCCAAUAAUACACCUCUCCCAAAAAAACCACAUUUUAAAAGGGUAUGGGAUGUUGGUCAGGUCAACCAAAGGCCUGGUUGAAAAGGAACAUUUUUGCUUGGCGCCUAAAGGUGUAUAAUGAAGGUGUCAGGCAAACUUCCCUGGGGAGAGCAUUCCACAGAAGGGGAGCCACUGCAGAGAAGGACCCGUUCUCGUGUUGCCACCCUCCAGACCUCUUGAGGAGGAGGCACAUGAAGAAGGGCCUCAGAAGAUGAUCUCAGGGUCCGGCUAGGUUGAUAUGGGAGGAAGUAUUGUGGUCCUGAGCCAUUAAAGGCUUUAUAGGUCAAAACUAGCACUUUGAAUUGGGCCCGGAAACAAAUCAGUAGCCAGUGCAGUCAGACCAGGAUCGGUGCAAUAGGCUCAAACCGUCUUGUUCCUGAGAGCAACCUGGGUGCUGAAUUCUACACCAGCUGAAGUUUCCGAACCGUCUUCAGAGGCAGCCCUACUUAUAACACAUUGCAGUAAUCUAACCUUGAAGUUACCAGAGCAUAGGCAACAGUAGCUAUGCUAUCCCUGUCCAGAUAGGGGCGUAUCUGGGCCACCAGCCGAAGCUGAUGGAAGGCACUCCGGGCCACUGAGGCCACCUGAACCUCAAGCGACAGCAAAGGAUCCAGGAGGAGCCCCAAGCUAUGAACCUGCUCCUUCAGGGGAAACUUAAGCCAAUUUUACAGCCAGGGCACAGAAUCUGUGCGCUUUUAGGAGGAUUCACAGCUUCUGUUUCUGCAUCUCUGCAUCUUCCCUCCUGUGGUUUCGCGGGACUUUGCAGCCUCGCCCCAAGGAGAGGCUGGUGCCCAUCUUUCCCCAUCGUACCCUCCGGUGCUGCCACCCUAAAGCAGCUGCAGUUGAGCUUGCCCUGGCAGCACACCAAGACUGCUCCUCUUCUGGGAAAUGGACCGCACAGGGAAAGACUUGCAAAACAUCCCUUUUCCAACGGUCUUAAACUUUAGAAGGCAAAGCAGAGAGCAGGUCCCAAGAGUGGCGGGUAUUUUCUCUGCAUCCCACCAGGCAGUUCCACAAACCUCCAGAAUAUAAAGGAGAAAUUGAAAGUGCAGGCCCCCGGCACUUGCAGCAAACCAGGCCCCAGGCUUCAGAUCUUGGGAAAUCCUUCUGCGUUUCGUCACCAACAUCUCUGCAGUUUCCGCCCUCGUUGGAUGUUCCGGCAGAUGCAGCUGGAGGGCCUAAACGCCUUUUGAGCUUGAUGCAUUGCAAAGAGGAACGGGCCGGCCUUAGCCAACCUGGUGCCCUACGUAUGUUGAUAGCCAUUGUGACUAGGAGCCAUUGCUAGCCCUCUCCUCCCCCAUGAAUUUGCCCAAUCCUCUUUCAAAGCCAUCCAAGUUGGUGGCCAUUGCUGCCUCCUGUGGCAGGGAGUUCCACAGUUUAACUCUGCACUGCACAAAGAAGUCCUUCCUUUUCUCUGUCCUGAAUCUCCCCACAUUCAGCUUCACUGAAUCCUGACAAGACAGAAGUACUGUUUUGGGGGGACAGGGGGCGGGCGGGUGUGGGGGACUCCCUGGUCCUGAAUGGGCAACUAUGCCCCUGAAGGACCAGGUGUGCAGCCUGGGAGUCAUUUUGGACUCGCAGCUGUCCAUGGAGGCGCAGGUCAAUUCUGUGUCCAGGGCAGCUGUUUAUCAGCUCCACCUGGUACGCAGGCUGAGACCCUUCCUGCCCGCAGACUGUCUGGCCAGAGUGGUGCAUUUUAAUACAUUUUAAUGUAUUUUUAUUCUUUGUUGAAAGCUGCCCAGAGUGGCUGGGGAGACCCAGCCAGAUGGGCGGGGUACAAAUAAUAAAUUAUUAUUAUUAUUAUUAGACAUCCACAACUUUUAGCAUUAUGGGAGGGGGAAAAACUUUUCCUGUGUCUGCUCUCGCCUUGCAAUGCUUAAUUUUUUAAACUUCGAUCAUGUCGCCUCUUCCUGGCCUUUUCUCCAAUCUGAAAACUGCUAUUCCAUGGCACCAAUCCUGAACAUCUGCUUAAAACAAGGGGGAAUCAGUCGUCCUGCUGCACAAUUUUGGGGGUUUGCUCCCCCAAUCCCUGACUAAAGGCCUGCCUUGCGUCCCACAGGGGUGUUCCUGAUCCCGUACGCCAUAAUGCUUCUCUUCACUGGGCUGCCUCUCUUCUUGAUGGAGCUGAGCCUGGGCCAAUAUGGCGCUGCAGGACCCAUCACCGUCUGGAAGUGCUGUCCCCUCUUGAAAGGUAGGUGCUCCCAGGUGCAGCUUGAAAAGUAUUGCUGUUAGUAUUUCCAUAGUGAUCAAUUGAUUCCUUUAUCUCUCUUGCAAACCGCCUUAAAGGGUUGUUUUUUGGGGGAGCCUGGUUUCCCAUCCCUUGAGGACAAACCUUGUACCCCUUUCAAGACUCCAGGUUUCAAGACCUGUGUCCAGCCACUAACCACAGCUAAAUCUGCAACAGCUGUGUUAGCAAACUCCUGAGAAUACCUGGUGGGCUUCUCACCCUUUGUAGCUACUCCUGUCUUUGUCCAUGAAAUUAAAAGACGCCUGCUUCUUGGGAGAAAAGCAGUGAAAAACCUGGACAGCAUCUUAAAAAGCAGAGACAUCACCUUGCCAACAAAGGUCCGUAUAGUUAAAGCCGUGGUUUUCCCAGUAGUGAUGUAUGGAAGUGAGAGCUGGACCAUAAAGAAGGCUGAUCACCGAAGAAUGGAUGCUUUUGAAUUAUGGUGCUGGAGGAGACUCUAGAGAGAUUGAGCAAUGCACAAUUCAGACAGCCUACCUCCAGGCUAAACAAGCAUUUUGUUCAGAAUUAAAGAUAGGGAUCAUUGGUUCUUGCAACCACCAAUAAAAACUUUGCCCCUGCUAAUGUUCUAGCGUUUGUCCGGUCUUCCAAUAGGAACCUGACUUAGUGAGCCUCUGAUUUUACCGGGAAAGGUACCAGUUCAGCCCUGGCUUGCUCAUAUUUCGCACAGGGCAGCAAAAUAUGUUUUAGAGAAUCGAUGUCUUGAGCACACGAGCAAAGUCUGUCCUGGUAGGGAACUCCCCUCAACCUGCCAUCCAGCACUGCAGAAGGAAAGACGUUAAAUAAAUUAUUAUUAUUAUUAUUAUUAUUAUUAUUAUUAUUAUUAGAUGACCCUUGUGGUCCUUUCCAACUCUUCCAUUCUGUGAUUCUACGAUUGAUUUCCCCUCCUCUUCCUCUGCAGGGAUUGGGAUCGGAAUGUUGCUGGUCUCCUCGCUGGUCUCUCUCUACUACAACAUCAUCAUUGCCUGGACCUUCUAUUACCUGGGCAUGUCUCUCCAGAGCCCCCUGCCCUGGUCCUGCGAUGCCCCACAGAACGCCCACCUCUGCCAGUUUCAGGUGCAAAUGAGGAGCAGGGUGUGUGUGUGUGUGUGUGUGUGUGUGUGUGUGUGUGUGUGUGUGUGUGUGUGUGUGUGUGUGUGUGUGUCUGGGAAAGGGUCUCCCCACCCCUCUUCCCACCUUGGAUCAAAUCUAUGCUUCCAGGUGCCAUAAGAAAGCUGCAGAGAUAGCGCAGGAUAGUGCGCACCCCGGAAAUGAUCUCUUUCAGCUUCUGCCUUCUGGAAGAAGGUACAGGGUUAUAAAGACUAGGACUAGCUACCUGAGAAACAGUUUCUAUCCAAGUGCGAUUUUGGUUUUAAACGCAGUGUAAGGAGUCUCUGUGGGAGUAUAUUGUAUUUUAAAAAUGGGGUAUCAGAGUUUUUAGGGGGCUAACCAGGCUGGGAUAGCUAGGAUAGCAGGCUUGUGGGUUUUUGAAUGUCUGAUGUAGAUUUUUUCAAUUUCAUUGUUCUGUAUGGGACAAUAAAGAUUAUUGUAUUGUAUCAUAUCCUGUGCAGCAUUUUGCCUGGAAACAUAACUUUAUAGAAUCAGAAGGGAACCCAAAGGUCUCCUAGCCCAACCCCCUGCCGUCCAGGAAGCAAAGGGUUCUGUCGCACCGAUGAGCCACCUUCCCGCAGCAGAAAUUCUUGGGGAACAGGUUCGGGGGUCAGCGAAGGGCAGGGCAGGAACUUGCCUUUGCUGGGCGACUCUGGGGGGCCGGACAGUCACUGCCUCUCGGCCCACCUCAAAGGGCUGUUGUUGGGGAUUGAAUGAGGAGGCGGGGAACGGUGCAAAUUCACUUUGCUCAACUGCUUUGCUACCAUUUCAGAACGAAUCCUGGGGCAACGCCUCUCGAGUCAGCGCCAGCGAAGCCUUCUGGAAGUGAGUGCUGUUUUUAUUUAGCAUUCUUGUUCCCUGAAGGUCCCCUUGGGGUUACGUGGGGCAAGGAGCUCAGAGCUGACCGCCUGACCGCCGUUCCUGCAGGUUGGCCACUGGGGGGAAAACAGGGGGCCGAGCUGGACUUUGUCUUUUGGGUUUUGUCUUGGGCUGGGCGUGGAGAAAGGGGGCUGGUUGGGGAUGGAGUGUGCCCCACCCCCCGGGCGGCCUCCUGUCUCCAGCCUUUCCGCUUGUUCUUCCCAGCGAACAGGUCCUUGGCGUGGUCCACAGCACCGGCUUGGGUGACCCUGGCCCCGUGAGAUGGCCGCUGGCCCUGUGUCUGCUGCUUGCCUGGCUGGUCAUCUUUCUGUGCAUGCUCAAGGGAAUCCACAGCUCAGGAAAGGUGAGCGACUUGUGGGGGGGAGGGGGGACAUCUGUGAGAGACAUCGUCCUUCAGAAAAUAAAACAAAGUUUCUAGUCCUCAUCAUUUGGAAUCCUCUUUCCAUAAUUUCCCCCAUGCUGACAACUGUAUAUUAUACACCAAAUCCCUUGCCAGUCGUAUCUCCUGAUACUGAGUCAAACCAAUGGCCUACCUAGGCCAGUAUUGUCUGCACUGGCUGGCAGCAACAGCUUCCCAGGUCUUCAGGCAGGAGUCUCUUCCAGCCAUACCUGAAGACGCCAGUAGGUGGAUUGAACCUGGGACCAUCUGCAUCCCAAGCCAGUGGUCUGCCGCUGAGCUACGGUCCUUCCCUCAUCACCUGCCAUCUCCUGCCCCCCCCAAAUGCUGUCAGUCAUCACCUGUCCAUCUCCCCCUCCCUCGCUAAGGCUCUGGGUGCCCAAAUGGGGGGUGUCAAUCCCUUGCCUCCCCUGCUCUCCCCUCCCUUGAGCUCCUGCUGGGGGGCGGGUCUGGGGCUGGCUGUUGGGAUGCAUCCAAGGAAACGGGGGCAAUUUGCAAGCCCCCAGCUGGCUCCAACCCACCAGCUGGUAAGCCGGACGAUCUCCAGUCCUUGGCUUAGCAUGAAACAGCGACCCACAGCUUCAGAAGCUGGAGCACGCUCUAAUCAGCAGAAUAAAUAACACUGCGCAGACAGAAGUGUCAGGAGACGGCUGUGAGAGCAUAUUUACAGGCAGUUUAUUCAGCAUACAUCAGGACAAAGGAAAAAACAUGUCUUCUCCCCUUCGUGUCCAGGAGCAGGCAGCAAAGGCAAUAGCUAUACACACAAAUGGAAGUUCCCAGCAAGCUGUGCUGGAGUGUAAACAGGCAUGUGACAUACAACAAUCCACACAUCUGUUUUAAGGUGGAACAGAUUAUCAAUAUCCUAACACACACACACACAAGGGACGUGGGUGGCGCUGUGGGUUAAACCACAGAGCCUAGGACUUGCUGAUCAGAAGGUCGGCAGUUCGCAUCCCCGCAACGGGGUGAGCUCCCGUUGCUCGGUCCCUGCUCCUGCCAACCUAGCAGUUCGAAAGCACGUCAAAGUGCAAGUAGAUAAAUAGGUACCGCUCCAGCCGGAAGGUAAACAGCAUUUCCGUGUGCUGCUCUGGUUCACCAGAAGCGGCUUAGUCCUGCUGGCCACAUGACCCGGAAGCUGUACGCCGGCUCCCUUGGCCAGUAAAGUGAGAUGAGCGCCGCAACCCCAGAGUCGGUCAUGACUGGACCUAAUGGUCAGGGGUCCCUUUACCUUUUUACACACCCCCCCCCCCGCUCAGAGCCCGUCCCUCGUCUCCCCACCCAGGUGGUCUACUUCACAGCGACCUUCCCCUACGUGGUCAUCGUGGUGCUGAUCAUCCGAGGAGCCACUCUGGAGGGAUCCAUCGAGGGCGUGCGAUUCUACCUCUCUGCAGACUGGAGCCGGCUGAGCAGUGCUCAGGUAUGCCGGGGGGGGCUCUUGGGGAGGGGGGUGCGACACUGAGAUCUAGCUCCCAAGGGCCUUCUGGCGGUUCCCUCCCUGCGAGACCAUAUAACAGGGGUCCCAAAAGACCUACAUUGGCUCCCAGGACAUUUCCGAGCACAAUUCAAAGUGUCGGAGUUGACCUUGAAAGCCCUAAACAGCCUUGGCCCAGUAGACCUGAAGGAGAGUCUCCACCCCCAUCGUUCUGCCCAGACACUGAGAUCCAGCACCGAGGGCUUUUUGGCAGUUCCCUCCCUGCAAGAAGUGAGGUUACAAGAAACCAGGCAGAGGGUCUUCUCGGUGGUGGCACCCACCCUGUGGAAUGCCCUCCCAUCAGAUCUCAAGGAAAUAAACAACUAUCUGAUUUUAGAAGACAUCUGAAGGCAGCUCUGUUUAAGGAAGUUUUUAAUGUUUGAUGUUUUAUUGCUUUAUUCUGUUGGGAGCUGCCCAGAGUGGCUGGGGAUAACCCAGCCAGAUGGGCGGGGUAUAAAUAAUAAAUUAUUAUUAUUAUUAUUAUUGUUAUUAUUAUUGUUUAUUUUAUGUCUGUGAUGCAGAGUCCGGGACAGGCAGCACGUAUAAUCCAACUUUCGUGUUCACAGAGAGUUCCAGUUUGGCACAGUGGUUAAGAGUGUAGGACUCUAAUUAUUUACUAAAUUUGUAUCAUCCUUCACUCUCAGGGUGGUUCAUAACAUAAAAUGACAAUAUAAAAACAAUAUUAAAAAAAUAAGAACAAACCAAUUGUCCCCCCUGCUACAAACACAUUUAAAAGGCUGUAGAAUAUUAAUCUGCCCAAGGCCUGGUUGAGGAGGAACAUUUUUGCCUGGUGCCUAAACGGGUCGAAUGAGCCUCCCUGGAGGGGGCCACCACAGAAAAGGCCUGGGUGAGCCUAAGGUUCAAAUCCCUACUCAGCCAUGAAGCUCGGGGGGUAUGGCCUUGGGCCAGUUGUUGCCUCUUUCCGCUGAACCUACCUCUCAGGGUUGCUGUGAUUGUCAGGAGCUCGGCCUACACUCGAGUAGGACCCUGGCAGAGACACAUGCCCAACUGGCAUGUGUUGAUCAUUUGGUAGCUUCAUAAGCUUUUUUCUGCCCGAACAUCACAGCGACCGAUGCCAACCGACACCGGCACACUUAGGGAUGCGCAGAGUUUGCACAACUUGCACGUGACAGACCUCAGCAACUCAGCAUUUUGGCUAAUCUACUUUAUUUACAUAUAAACCCACACGGAGCUCUGCAACAUGGCUCCCUCUCUCUCUAGCAUCAGACAGCAAAGAGAAAAAGAACAAAGGACAAUAGUCCCCCUUCACGGAACACAGGAACACAAACAUCCUGUUUCCGUCACUUCCCACUCUCUGGAGUCAAAACAUACACCGUCAUGCGAUAGACAACAAUCCCAUGACUGCAAUCACAGAGCAGGAAUUCUAACAGUGAUGAUAAAAUGGGGAGAACCAUAUUCACCACCUGGAGCUCUUUGGAGGAAGAGGGGGCUGUAAUGAAAUAAAUUAUAAAAUUUGAGUUUCUAAUCUGGCCUUUGCCGAACUGAUGCCCUCCAGAGGUUUUGGAUUACAGCUCCCAUCAGCCCCGUCUGGCACAGCUGGCUGGAUCUAUAGUGCAGAACAGCUGGAGAGGGGUCCCCAAGGGGCAUCUAGUCCAACCCCUGCAAUACAGGAAUAACAGCUCAGUCGCCCCAGUUCAGUUCCGGCAGCCUUGUUUCUUCUCCCAAGGAUGUAUGCUCAGGGACACUCUUCUUUGCAGCUCCACGUGGCUUUUAAUGAGUGCAAAUGAAGAGGGUGGCAACUUGAGGAAUCGGCGUUGCACAAAUCGCUCCAUAGAAGGGGUGGGAAGUGAAUCUUGGGUAAAAAAAAUCUCUUUCCACCCCACCCCAGGUCUGGAACGAUGCUGCCUCGCAAAUCUUCUAUUCUCUGGGCAUUGGCUUUGGGGGGCUGCUUUCUAUGGCUUCCUACAACAAGUUUGACAACAAUGUGAUCAGGUAAGAGACUGUCAGGCUGCAAGGCCUCCAAAGGAACAAAAUACAUUCAGAAAAGAAAAUAAAUCUCAGCUCUGAACCCACUUUGUUGAGAGAUAGAUAGAUAGAUGACAGAUAGAUGUUGUUGUUGUUUAGUCGUUUAGUCGUGUCCGCCUCUUCGUGACCCCCUGGACCAGAGCACGCCAGGCACUCCUGUCUUCCGCUGCCUCCCGCAGUUUGGUCAAACUCAUGCUGGUAGCUUCAAGAAAACUGUCCCACCAUCUCGUCCUCUGUCGUCCCCUUCUCCUUGUGCCCUCCAUCUUUCCCAACAUCAGGGUCUUUUCCAGGAGUCUUCUCUUCUCAUGAGGUGGCCAAAGUCUUGAAGCCUCAGCUUCAGGAUCUGUCCUUCCAGUGAGCACUCAGGGCUGUCCAUGGGACUCUCAAGAGUCUCCUCCAGCACCAGAAUUCAAAAGCAUCAAUUAUUCGGCAAUCAGCCUUCUUUAGGGUCCAGCUCUCACUUCCAUACAUCACUACUGGGAUGCACAGCAUAGCUCAUAGCUUCUCUGAGUUGUUCAAGCCCCUUCGCCAUGACAAGGCAGUGAUCCAUGAAGGAGAUACCUAUCUAUCUAUCUAUCUAUCUAUCUAUCUAUCUAUCUAUCUACCAUCUAUCUAUCUAUGAAAAUAAAAUUCUUAUUAGAGUUAGGGGUGAGAUAAUAUUACCCAGCCCAGGUCGCUGGGCAGGCUAUGAUGACAUAAAAUUCAACGUUAAAACAGUUCAAAACAAACUGCAAUUGCAGCUAGAGUGGGUCCUAAAUGCGUCUCUCAGGUGCCAAAGCCCAGGAUAAAGAGGCGUGUCUUCAGCAAAUAGAAUCCUAGGACUACAGAGUCGAAAGAUACCCCCAAGGGUCAUCUAGUCCAACCCCCCUGCAAAUGCAGGAAUUGCUGCUAACUGAGGGACCGAAUGCUCCCUCCAUCCCUCCAUGUCUUUUCCUGCAGGGACACCCUGGUCAUCGCCAUUGGCAACUGCUGCACCAGUUUCUUCGCCGGCUUUGCCAUCUUUUCCAUCCUGGGCCACAUGGCUUGGCGGAAGAAGGUCCCUGUGGGGGAAGUGGCAGAUUCAGGUAGGGGGGCAGGAGGAGGAGGAGGCGGGUCCUCGCCUGUUUUGGGAGGGGCUUACGUCCUGCCAAUCAAAGCGGGGUGAGGCAAUCUUGCAGGGAAUGAUGGAGAGGAGAACUUGGAUGUGUCGCUUCCUCACCUCCUCUCUGAAUAAGCCUUGUGCUUGGGAGUCCAGGACCAAGGUGGGAUUCGAACCCAGAACUCCUCAGUCCACCCUGCUUCCCCUUGGCAAGCGUGGCUGUGGCACCCAGGGUGUAAAUCCUAGGUGUCUCAGGUGUGGCCUCGUGUGUGUGGUUUGGGAGCUGCACGGUCAGGGAAAAAACAAGGCUGUCCAGGGUUGUAAAGACUGCGGAGAGAAUAAUUGGGUGCACUCUUCCCACCUUGGGUCAAAUCUACACUUCCAGGUGCCAUAAGAAAGCUGCAGAGAUAGCGCAGGAUAGUGCGCACCCCAGAAAUUAUCUCUUUCAGCUUCUGCCUUCUGGAAGAAAGGUACAGGGUUAUAAAGACUAGGACUAGCCGCCUGAGAAACAGUUUCUAUCCAAAGGCGAUUUUGGUUUUAAACGCAGUGUAAGGUAGUCUCUGGGGGACACGGGUGGCGCUGUGGUCUAAACCACAGAGCCUAGGACUUGCCAAUCAUAAGAUCGGCGCUUUGAAUCCCUGCGACGGGGUGAGCUCCGGUGCUCGGUCCCAGCUCCUGCCCACCUAGCAGCUUGAAAGCACGUCAAAGUGCAAGUAGGUAAAUAGGUACCGCUCCGGCGGGAAGGCAAAUGGCAUUUCCGUGCGCUGCUCUGGUUUGCCAGAAGCGGCUUAGUCCUGCUGGCCACGUGACCCGGAAGCUGUACGCUGGCUCCCUCAGCCAGUAAAGCGAGAUGAGUGCGCAACCCCAGAGUCGGCCACGACUGGACCUAAUGGUCAGGGGUCCCUUUACCUUUAAGGUAGUCUCUAUGGGAGUAUAUUGUAUUUAAUUAUGGGGUAUCAGAGUUUUUAGGGGGCUAACCAGGUUGGGAUAGCAGGCUUGUGGGUAUUUGAAUGUCUGAUGUAGAUUUUUUUCAAUUUCGUUGUUCUGUAUGGGACAAUGACAAUAAAGAGUAUAGUAUCGUAUCGUCCUCCAUGCCCUGCAAUUGAUGCUGCCAAACACAUCUGGGUUAUUGGCCCCCAACUCUCUCCUUCCUUCCAUCCUUCCCCAGGUCCAGGUCUGGCUUUCGUGGCCUACCCAGAAGCCCUUGCUCUGCUGCCGGGGUCGGCCUUCUGGUCCAUCCUCUUCUUCCUGAUGCUCUUCACCCUCGGAGUGGACACCUUGGUCAGUUCCAGAUGUUGCCCCUCCUUCCGCAGGCCCAGGGCUGGCCGGACUCUUCGAGAGAAGCCAGGCGCUCGCUUAGAAUCACAGAAUUCCCAAGUUGGAAGGAUCAAUCCAGUCCAACUUCCUGCAAUGCAGGAAUGUGCAGCCGCCCCAGACGGGGAUGGAACCUGCAACCUUGGCGUUAUCGGUGCCAUGCUUGAACCCACUGGGCUAUGUCAGAUGAAGCAACAGUUUUAAAGGCAUCAGUCCAAUAACUGGGGUGGGGAGACAUUCAGACAUGGCCAACCCUACCAUAAGAACACCAGUUGAGCCUGCUGGAUCAGGCCAGUGGCCCACCUAGUUUCCCCGUGGCCAAACAGAUGCACAUUAUGGGAAACCUGCAGGCAGAUCUGAGCACCAGAGCAAGUCUCGCCUCCUGAGGUUUCCAGCAACUGGGAAUCAGAAGCAUCACUGCCUCUGGUUAGGAGCCAUCGAGAGUCCUUGCCUCCUCCAUGAAUUUGUCUGAUCCUCUCUUAAAGCCACCUAGGUUGGUGGUCUUGUGGGAGGGAGUUCCACAGAUCCUUCCUGGGUGGGUGGGUGUUUUUUGGGGGGCGGCAUGCUCAGAUAAUUGGCAGGCCCGAGGCAAAAAAGGUGCAUGGUGCAAGUGGAUGGGACCAGUCUCACAAGUGUGUUUUGCACAAUUUCAUUUUGCAGGGAAGUGCAUGUCAAAUUCUAACCCAUGGAAGGAGGAGGGUAGGGGCAGGUGGGGAGGCGCUGUGGGUGCUGGUCUCCCCCCACCCCAACCGCAAAUGCUUCUCUUUCUAGUUCGGGAACAUGGAAGGCAUCACGACGGCCGUGAUGGACGAGUUCCCUUCGCUUCGUGACUGGAGGCGCAAAGCCGUCUUCCUGGGGCUUCUCUGCUUUGCCUUCUACCUUCUGGGGCUCCUGCUAAUCACAGAGGUAAGCAGAACACCAGAAGAGCCUGGCUGCAGGAUCAGGCCGAGGGGGGGGGGGAACUGAGUUAUUUAAGAGUCACGCGGGUGGAGCUGUGGGUUAAACCACUGAGCCUAGGACUUGCCGAUCAGAAGGUCAGCGGUUUGAAUCCCCGCAACAGGGUGAGCUCCCAUUACUUGGUCCCUGCUCCUGCCAACCUAGCAGUUCAAAAGCACGUCAAAGUGCAAGUAGAUAAAUAGGUACCGCUCUGGCGGGAAGGUAAAUGGCGUUUCCGUGCGCUGCUCUGGUUCGCCAGAAGCGGCUUAGUCAUGCUGGCCACAUGACCCAGAAGCUGUACGCUGGCUCCCUCGGCCAGUAAAGCGAGAGGAGCGCCGCAACCCCAGAGUCGGCCACGACUGGACCUAAUGGUCAGGGGUCCCUUUACCUUUACCUUAGUGAACAAGAGGGGACUCGCAUUGCCCGUUCGCAGGUCUCUGGAGGAGCCUUCAGUGAAACAAGGCUAGCACUGAGGAGCAUACCGAUUGGGUGCUUUUGAUUUUUAACCCCUUCAAGAGUUUUAAGAAGGUGUCUAUAUACACGGAGCAUAAAAUGUUUCGUGAGAUGUUGUCUUUAUGCUGUUGUCUUUAUUCAUGUUGUAUUUUAUGCUGUUUUUAAGUCGCAUUUUUAAUCAAUGUUUUAAAUUUGCUUGUUAGCCGCCCUGAGCCCGGUUUUUAAACCGGGAAGGCCGGGGUAUAAAUAGAAAAUUAUUAUUAAUAUUAUAUUAUCCAGUCCAGCAGCUUGUUCCCACAGCAGCCAACCAAGAUGCCCAAAGGGAAACCAGCUAGCAGGAAUCGAGUGCAAGAUGGCUGCAGGGCACAAUGGCUCUGCCCUGUUGAAGUCCUCCUUCACAUAGGAGUUAAACUGCGGAACUCCCUGCCACUGGAGGGAGCUUGGAAAGAGGAGUGGGAUAGUGGACUACCUGGAUGCAACAAGGCUCUUUUUCCGUUUUCACGUGUGUGGAUUUUCCUCCCUCCCCAGGGCGGCAUCUACUGGUUCACCCUCAUGGACUCUUACAGCACCAGCUUUGGGCUCAUCAUCAUCGCCCUCUUCAUGUGCCUCGGAGUUACCUUCUUCUAUGGUGAGUGUCUUGCAGGCCUCCCCAACCCAGUCUGUUUCUUCCAGAGCUCUCCUGGCUUCCAAACUGUUCUCCUCCUGCUGCACUGCCAACUUGAGGCAUUGCCUGGAAAGGCAUUUCGAUGCCCACAGGGCAGUCAGUGCUUUGAGGAACAUGGCAAGAUUUUGAGGCCAAUUUCCACCUCUGUCUGUCAUCCUGCGCCCUCCAAAGGGCUCUUAAACUCAGCCUUCAAGAGGAGCAGUGGAAGGAGUUGGUGAUGUUUAGCCUGGAGAAGAAGAAAUUGAGCUACUGGGAUGAUAGCCAUCUUCAAGCAUCUUCAAGUACCGUAUUUUUCGCUCCAUAAGACGCACUUUUUUCCUCGUAAAAAGUAAGGGGAAAUGUCUGUGCAUCUUAUGGGGCGAAUGUGUGGUCGAUCGCUGGCUCCCUUUCUGGCCCCUUGCCCAGGCCUCCAUUUUUUAAUGUUCUGCAAAGAGGCUGUUUGUUUCCCCAGCGACAUGUGACUGGCUGAUUAGAUUAUCUGUCUGGAAACUGUAGAAAGGGCUUCCUUUCCUUUCCUAAGGAAGCUGCAGAACUGUGCGUUGAACCCCAUAAAAACAGGAUUUUUUCCCUUUGCAAAAGAAGCCGCACAACUGUGAGCUGAUCUGCAAAAAAAUGGGGCUUUCCCACUUUCCUCCUCUAAAAACUGGGUGCGUCUUAUGGUCAGGUGCAUCUUAUGGAGCGAAAAAUACGGUAUCUUUUGUGUGGAAGAUGGAGCCAGCUUGUUUUCUGCUGCUCCAGAGGGUGGGACCCAAAGGAACGGAUUCCAGUGUCAAGAAAGGAGAUCCUGACUAACCCUUAGGAUGAACGGAUGGCAAGAGCUGUUCCCUAGCAGAGCGGACUCUCUGGAAAGGUGGCAGAAUCCCCUUCAGUGGUUUUUAAAGAGAGGUUGCAUGGCCACAUGUCAGGGAUCCUUCCUUUUCAUUACUAAGAAUGCAUAUUUUGGCUCCAAGACUAGAUUAGAGCAUAUACCUAUCCUUGCAUAUAUUUGUUUUUCGAAUAAAUGUGCAACUAAUUGCUCCCUUUUUGAAUCCCCUGUGCCACCUUCCAUCAAACAUUAAAAGCUUCCCUAAACAGGGCUGCCUUCAGAUGUCUAAAGUCUGGUAGUUGUUGUUCUCUUUGACAUCUGGUGGGAGGGCAUUCCACAGGGCGGGCGCCACCACCGAGAAGGCCCUCUGCCUGGUUCCCUGUAACUUGGCUUCUCGCAGCGGUUCUAUUAACAGGCCCUAACAAUAUACCUGAAGGAGCAUCUCCACCCCCAUCAUUCUACCUGGACACUGAGGUCCAGCUCCGAGGGCUUCUGGCGAUUGCCUCGCUGCGAGAAGUGAGGUUGCAGGGAACCAGGUGGCGCCUGCCCUGUUGGGAAAAUGGACUUUGGAAAAUUGUCUUUAAAAUGAUAUAGAACACGUUAACUACACAUGAAAAUGAAAAAUGGGUCGGUAUGGAAUGAUCCCAUUACAGGGAAGCAGGCAGAGGGCCUUCUCGGUAGUGGCUCCUGCCCUGUGGAAUGCCCUCCCACCAGAUGUCAAAGAGAACAACAACUACCAGACUUUUAGAAGACAUCUGAAGGCAGCCCUGUUUAGGGAAGCUUUUAAUGUUUGAUGGGUUACUGUAUUUUAAUAUUCUGUUGGAAGCUGUAUAAAUAACAUACAGGGUAUAAAUAAUAAAUUAUUAUUAUUUUAUAAUAAUGGGCGGGGUAUAAAAAAUAUUAUUAUUAUUAACAGGCCAUGCAAACUGCUGGUCUGAAUACUGUUUUGGGGAGGGUAGGGGGCAUUACUAAUGAGUUUAUGGAACCAAGGGGCAGGUAUCCCCCCCCCCCCAGGUAUGGGAACCACAUGUGAACGUAAAACAAACCUCCAUCAGUAAGCCAGCAGGAACCACUGGCCAGCCCUCAUGGCCUGUUUGGAGAGAGACGCCAAAGCCACGUCAGAAGAAGCCCACCUCCUCCUUUCACGGUGGCCCAGCCAGAGAAGGGGAUGGCUGCCUUGAGAAGUGCAACUCCAUGAUGUGGCUCACCCAUAUCACCGUAUUUUUCCGUCUAUAUGACGCCCCCUUGUAUAAGACCCCCCCCCUAUUUUGGGGGACUCAAUUUUAGGGAAAUGAGGGGAGAUGGCCAAAGUUGUUGAGCCUCUCCCCCUGGGCAGGAAACACUCCCUAGAUCGUUUUCCCCGCGCAACGGCAUUGGGGGAAGUUGCCCUCCCGGGAGCACAACCUUCUCUGAUGCCGCUGCGCAGGAACUGAUCCAGGGAGCACCCACCAUGCGGGGAAUUUGCACUCCCUCCAAUGAGCUGGCUGGCGGCGCACCGCUUCUCCACCCUCCCCAUCCCACUAUCCUUGUAUUGGACGACCCCCGUUUUUUCACAUGGUUUUUGGGUCAAAAACCCUUGUGCAAUACACGGCAAAAUACGGCAAACCAUGGAGAGGUAUUCCAUGAGGGUGGGGUGGCCGGGGUGUGUGUGUGUGUGUCUGCCACGCUGCCUCCCACUUGCUAACCUCCUUUCGUCGUCUUCUCCCCAACCACGCAGGCAUCAACAAGUUCUGCCAAGACAUCGUGGACAUGAUCUGCCGCUGCCCUCCCUGGUGCAGCCAGCUGGUGCUGUACUUCAAGGCCUGCUGGGUGGUCUUCACGCCAGGGCUCUUGCUGGCAAGUCGCCCCCCACCCUUCCGCUUGGGUGGGAGCCGGGCAGAGAUUUUUUUAUCAGCUUCCUGCCGCUGUUCAUCUCGAUUUAAAUAACUGGGUGGUGAAAGCCGAGCGUUCAUUUUGAUCAUUUUGGCUUUCCUUUUCUGAACCUGGAUUUUUGCGACCUGGACUGGACUCACAGAGUAUUUGUUGUGGGGGAGGAAGGGAAAGGAGAUUGUGAGCCGCUUUGAGACUCCUUUGGGUAAUGAUAAAGCGGGAUAUCAAAUCCAAACUCUUCUUCUUUUUCUUCUUUGGCAUACAGUAGUACCUCUGGUUGUGAAUGGGAUCCGUUCCGGAGGCCCAUUCGCAACAUGAAAAGAGCGCAACCUGAAGCGCCGUAUCUGCGCAGGUGCGUGGCGCGGUUUGGUGCUUGUGCACAUGUGCGAAGUGCAAUCUAGUACUUGUGCACAUGUGCGAGCAGCGAAUCCCGGAAUUAACCCUUUCUGGUACUUCCGGGUCGCCACGGGACGUAACCUGAAAGAAUGUAACGUGAAGCAAACUUAACAUGAGGUAUGACUGUAAUGCCAUCGUGAUAUUGGAAGACUUAGGGAGAGCAAAUUUCUCCAUUGUUUAUAGGCCUUUCACGGCCAUCACUGUGGUCUCUGACCUCAUAACACCGGUCCUUUGGCUCCCUGUACAUUUCUGAGCACAAUUCAAAGUGUUGGUGCUGACCUUUAAAGCCCUAAAUGGCCUCGGUCCAGUAGACCUGAAGGAGCAUCUCCACCCCCAUCGUUCUGCCCGGACACUGAGGUCCAGAUCCCAGGGCCUUCUGGCAGUUCCCUCCCUGUGAGAAGUGAGGUUACAGGGAACCAGGCAGAGGGCCUUCUCGGUGGUGGUGCCUGCUCUUUGGAAUGGUCUCCCAUCAGAUGUCAAGGAAAUAAACAACUAUCUGACUUUUAGAAGACAUCUGAAGGCAGCCCUGUUUAGGGAAGUUUUUAAUGUUUAAUGCCGUAUUGUUUUUAACACUCGAUUGGGAGCUGCCCAGAGAGGCUGGGGAAACUCAGCCAGAUGGGUGGGGUAUGUAUGUAUGAAUAAAUAAAUAAAUAAAUAAAUAAUAUUGCUUGCUGCCAGAAUAGCAAGAAAACCAUUCUGCUCCUUUCACACAGGAGGUGGGAAGGCUCACGCAUGACGACUGCCCCUUUCUGAAACUCCCAGAAUCCUCCAACGAUUGCUUGUGUUUCCUUCUCCCUCCCCACAGUUCAUCCUCUUCUACAUCUUCCUGGAUCUGUCCAGCACGACUUUGCAUUACGGCACUUACCAGUAUCCCCGUUGGGGGGAGGCCCUGGGCAUCUGCAUGGGGGUCGUGACCUGCAUCCAGAUCCCUCUCUGGGCAGCCAUCGCCCUCUUCAAGGAGUCGGGGACCCUGGCAGAUGUGAGUAUGAUUCAGAAGGCUGAAUGGUGAUGUGAUAUAGACACCUUCCAGGGCCUUGAUGUGGAAGAGAGGGAGCAAGCUUGUUUUCUGCUGCUUCGGAAGCAGAGGGAUUCCGAUGGUAAAAAAAGGAGUUUCUGACUUAAGAAUCAGGAAGAGCUUUCUGAGAGUAGCAGUUAUUCCCCUUGGGAAUUUGUGGACUCCUUGGGAGGCUUUUAAACACAGGAUGGAUGGCCUUCUGUCGUGGAUGCUUGAGCUGAGAUUUCUGAAUUGCAGGGGGUUGGAUUAGAGCAGCCUUUCUCAACCUGUGGGUCCCCAGAUGUUGUUGGACUACAACUCCCAUCACCCCUAGCUAGCAAGGCCAGAGCUCAGGGGUGAUGGGAGUUGUAGUCCAACAACAUCUGGGGACCCACAGGUUGAGAACCACUGGACUUGUCCAAUUCUACAGUUCCUGCCCCUGGGCUGCGCAGUUCUCUGGUUCAAAACCCCACCUCUGCCACUACUCAGUAGAGGGCCUUAGGCAAGCUGGCCUGUCUUGCAGGGGUCACAGGGUUCGAAGGGACCCCCAGGGUCAUCUGAUGUCACCUGGUUUGACUGGUGACGUUUUGACCUUUAAAGCCCUAUGCGGCUUAGGACCCACGUACCUACGGGACCGCCUCUCCUGGUCUGCCCCGCGGAGGACCUUAAGGUCCACAAAUGACGUUUUGGAGGUCCCAGGUCGCAAGGUGGUUAGAUUGGUCUCCACUAGGGCCAGGGCCUUUUCAGUACUGGCCCCAACUUGGUGGAACACUCUGUCACAAGAGACUAGGGCCCUGUGGGACUUGACAUCUUUCCACAGGGCCUGCAAGACAGAGCUGUUCUGCCUGGCCUUUGGUUUGGACUCAGUCUGACCCUUAUGUUUUCCCUCUCCUUACGGUUUUGAUCCAUGGGCUACUUUUAAAAUGAGACUGCAUUUUAAAUUGCAUUUUAACCUGUAUUUUAAAUUGGUCUUUCCCCCCUAUUAUGUUUUUACUGUAAUUUUACUGUUGUUAGCCGUGGGGAGGGCGGGGUAUAAAUAUAAAAUAAUAAUAAUAAUAAUAAUAAUAAUAAUAAUAAUAAUAAUAAUAAUUUUAUUUAUAUCCCGCCCUCCCCAGCCAAAGCCGGGCUCAGAGUGGCUAGCAACAAUAAAAGUAACACAGCAUUCUAAAAUUAUUAUUAUUACUAUUACUAUUACUAUUAUUAUUAUUAUUAUUAUUAUUAUUAUUAAUGGAGCACUUAAAACAGUCAAGACGAUAAACGGCAGGUAACAUCUCAAAGCCAGCUUAGGCAGCAGGCAAAUGACUACAGGGAGCUACCUUUUACCGUGACCAGCCAUUGAUCCAUCUGCGCAGACACUUCCCUCUGGGAGCUGCUGGAUGAAGACUGUAAGAUCAGGCCAAUGGCUCCUCUAGUUCAGGAUCCUGUUCUCACAGUGGCCAACCAGGUGCCCUUAAUGGGAAACCAAAAAUCAGGAUCUGAGCAUGAGCCCUCUCUCCCCCUGUGGUAUUCAGAAGCAGAGUGUGGCCACUGUGGCCAUCGACUGCCCUCUCUUCAUUCAUGAAUUCAUCCAAUCCUUUUUUUAAAGUCAUCCAAGCUGGUGGCCAUUGCUGCCUCAUGUGGCAGGGAGUUCCAUAGUUCAAGCACGCUCUUUGCUCUGCAGGAAGAAGGACCUACUUUUUAAUCUUUUCCGAACCUUCCAAUUCCAGCUCCCAUUAUCCCCAACUGCCAGCCUGUGGCUGAUGGGGGUUGUAAUCCAAUGACUGGAGGGGGGCACCAGGUUGGUGAUCCCUGACCCACACAGAGUGGCAGCAUCCCUCCAGGGUUCCAUAGGAGGGUCUUCCCAACCCUACCAGGGGGAGGUUGGGGGGCUGAACACACAGAGCUCCUGGAGUCCUGAACCCUCAGGCUUCUUUUAAUUUAAGAUGCAAGUCUUCCCAACCCUACCAGGCUUCUUUUAAUUUAAGAUGCAAGGUUGGGGGUUCAAAGCUGAACUCAGAAGCUCAUGGCCUUUUUCUCUGCUGCUCUCUCAGCGUUUCAGGAAAGCCAUCCGCCCUCUGAACUCCUGGCGCACUGCCAGCAGCCGGGAUGCGUCUCACGAGAUCAUCGAUGUCCCCUACACGGUGAACCUGACGGACAACGACUUUGCAGGGGGCUGGCAGCCGCCGCAUGGCGACGAAGAAUCAAUCUGUGGGUGA